AUGCCGCGCUUGGGGCUACCAGAAGAGGUCGAGUUCGAUGUCCACUCUGACGGUCCUGACAUUGACGAUGGCGAAGACCAAGAAGAGGCACGAGAGCUUAUAUCUCCGUUCUUGGCUGAUGAACAUUAUCUCGAGGAGCCCGCGAGUAUCCAAGGCAGCGCAGUCAGCACGGAAGACGCUGCAGUCACUGACGAGUUCAUCGACGAGACGAACGACGAAGCCUUCGAUGGGACACGUGCUCUAGAUCUCCUCCAGCGCCGAGUUGUCUUGGACUAUGGGAGCAAGAAGACUGGAUCGAAGCCGGCGAGCGAGGACGACGACUAUUACCCCGUAUUUCGACUCGACUUUGUUAGUAUCGUCGGUUUGCCGCGCCGGCCGAUCUGCCGGCCUAGUCACUUCUUUGACAAUAUCACGAUAUCGUUCCGUCAUUGGAGUGCCCCGUAUAGCGCGAAGCACGUGCAGGGCAUAGGUUUCGACCUGAGCGGCCGCACCUUCCGCAUUGCCACCGGUGCUACUCGAGAAGCUUGGUUCAUCGUCAUGCACCCGAGUCAGAGGGCCACUGGCACCAAUAACCCCCGUCGCCGACACGAUACAACAUACACAAGGACUGCCCUCGUACAAGGCCGUGCCCUACUGCUCGCAUCAUACAUCAAAGACAUCUUCCUUGAAGGUGAGCUCCUUGGUGAAGGUGUUGGGCCGAGAUGGGCUCUCGGAGGCAAGGAGACGCAGAUGAUAGCCUUUGACAAAUGGGUCACAUUCCAAACACUAUUCAUGGACGGCUGGACAGGAUUCCUCGAAAGAUUCUCUGCUCAGGGCGACACUUUCUGGAUCGAUCAUCAGCCCGCCUUCCACGCGUACGACUAUGGCGCCAACAUCAAUAUAGAAGUCAAUGAACGCAUAGCGAAUCUCGAGGAAGAGACAGUCAUCCGGCCGGCCUAUGUCGAUGAGUCCGAGGACGGCUACGAUCGAGAAGACAGUAGUUUGCCGGCAACACAGCAAGGAUGGGAGGGAAUGGGAGGAGAGGAACGAGAGGAUGGGCCCGACGAGCCAUGGGAUCAACCAACCGUCGAAGUGGAGGCCAACGAUAGCCUAUUCAUGUCAGAGAGGGCGGACGAUGUUGCUUCUCCAAUACCACCCAUACCUAAUCCAGGGCGAAUCGAUGCGGAACAUCGAGAUACUGAUGGCGAGGGCGAUGCCAACAGACCUGAUGGUGAUGAAGAGCAGGAGCGGAGGUUCCUUGAAUGGAUGAAAGAAUCGGAGAACUUUGACAUGGGCCAGCACAACAGGGCUCAACUACAAGACCAGGAACAUCAGUACGAUGGGCAAGACAACUCCCAGCAGCCGCCGUUGAGCCCAGACACUGACGAGAACGACGACGUCUAUCCAAGGCAAGCACCGGACAUCUCGCCAUCCAGUCUACCGCCUUCAGAAUCGAGAUCGGCAACAGAGGACCAGAGAGAACAUGAUGCGUUGUAUAGUCCCGGCCUGAUGCGGUUGCGCGAGGCCCUUGAGGCCAAGUACAACCUCGAUAACAUCAGCCACGUCUCCUAUGCCCUAGCUGUUGAUGUUCACUGUACCGCAUCAAAUACCUCUGCCGGCGUGGAAGGAAGGGUAAGCCGUCCUGUAUGCUUGCUUGCCGACCGCAACCGUGUGGCCGGGGAGUUUUAUGGGAGUAACUACACCUUCUACCCACUCGGCUUCCACCCCGCAUACGGCAACUUCACAUCGGAUCGUCCCCCUGCCUUCCUAGAUAGCGACCUGUUUACUGUCAUGAAGGAGAACAUGAGCCACCAGAACCAGGGUGCCGACGUACUUUCGUUCGGCUUCUUCCAGGGCUAUUCCAACCUGAAACGGUCUAUCCGUCAUGGCCCUCAUGACCUACUAGCCAGCCAUGGCCUCGCCACAGCUGCACUCACCAUUCCCUCGACGGAGGCUCAACGCACGGCGCGGCUUAAGGAUAAGCAGCAGCGGCUCCUGGCCCAGGUGAGGGGGCGACUCACACCUGACAACCCUGGCGCAUCGACACCUUUUGCGCGGGAGCGACAGAGGGUCGAAGCAGCCAUGCAAGCGAAUGAGUUUGCGUUCCGAUUCGAGCAGGUCAUUUCCAUCGAUGCUCCACGACUCGUGCGUCGUCGUCGAAACUUCAGUAGCGUGCUACAACCCAUUUUCCAACUCAUGCGUCUCUUCCUCAAAGAGAAGCAACUCUAUGCAGGCAUCCUCCGGCGUUUCAACCCGGAUAUCUUUCCAGGAGUCAUGGUGGCUUUUGCUCGGGUCAUGGAAGCAGCCAUAGCAGAAAUGGACCGUCGCUUUCGCGAGGCAGGGUCGAAAGGACUGGGCAUGGCUCUCUCCGAAGGCGUCGCUGCUCUCGAUCGACUAGGCAAUUUUUGCUUCACUGGGGACCCGAGGGUGCUGCCUACCAAGGUCAUGAGGCUCCUUGGCACGAUGGAUAGUCUAAAAAGAUGUGGCUGGCCAUUUAUAUCGCCGCGAAUGUUGGACAUCCGAGAUGGGCAAGGACUCGUCAACCUUGUGGGAUGGCCACAGCUGAGCAAUGGACGGCCCGUUCUGAUGCAUGUUGCCUCGCUGGAAUACCACUACGAUAGAACUGUAGCAUCUAACCGACACAGUCAAUUGUGGUUUGCUGAGCUUGGGGGUCGGUCAAUAGACGGGAUGGAUAGGAUGACAACGUUCCUUCAUGAGGUAUUCCAGGAUCUGUGGAUACCAGAGACAGUCGCUUUUAUUGCUCGCCAAGUUCGCCGUGGCUUGAAUCGUGGUAUCCGCAGUGGCGGUAGGAGCGGUGUUGGAGAAUAUGGUGAUGUAGACACGGGCAAUGAGGAGAGUGCUCAGGCGAUGAUCGCGUUAGAAGCCUGGGAGGCACGAGACGGUCCAUUCAAAACCUCAAACUUCGAGAAACUGUCGGCGGAAGUACUCAAGUUCGAUGACCGUUCGAUGGUGAAUGAGUCAAAGGUCGUGCUAAAGACGAGACGCGACUUUGCAGAAGAGAUCUUUGUUGCUCUGAUGGAGGGCGGUAGGAAGGGUCACCCAGGAGUCGAGUCUAUCGCACCGACCCACUCAACAUGGCCCUCUAUUCUCCGGGCCGCUAUCCAACACACCAGAGGCAGCUUCGCAACAAGGGCUCAGUGGGUCUCGGGCAUCGCAGCUGCCAUGGUAUCUGCGAGUAUCGAAUGGGUACCUGGCUCUCAUCGCCGGAGAUUGACGCAUCAACAGGUAGUACAACUCGUCGGAGCAGCUGCAUCCGCAACUGUCCUCGCGGCUCGACCCGACAGCCUCAAGAGAAGGGCGCUAGAGGCGGAGGCUCGUAGGUCGGUCGAUUCAACUGGCGUCAAGCGAGCGAAGAUCCGACCACGGAUCGAUCUAGGUUGCAAGAUACCGAUCAAGCAGAUCCCGGAUAUUGUGGAAAGAGGCUUUACGGAGAUACGCCGGCUGUUCGUAAAAGGGGACCAACUCGUUCUAUCUCACUACUGUGCAGCGUACUGCUGUCUGACAGAUUGCCUUGAGGAUCCAUUAUGUGAUCUUAUGCUCAUGCUCACGCUGACCAUCACAGCGUCGAGCGCAACCCCCGAGGUUCGGCCCAAUACGAAGUGUUUCAAUGUGUCGACCAAGAGAAGGGACCCUGCUCUUUUGGCAGCCAACAUGGUGACGAGAAUGCUCUGGUUCCUGCGGCCGGAGGCAUUUCCAUGGGACAAAGACCGUGAUUCAGUGCUGCGAGUGUCUGAGAUGACGAAGAAAAUCGAGCACAAAGGGGUGAACAACCGAAUGCUUCGAGAAUUGGGUUGGAUCAGAGUCAAGGGCAAUCGGGAUAGCCCACGUAAUUGCGAGUCGCGUCUUACAGACGAGCUCUUUAAGCUCCGCAACGACCUGAUAUUUCUUAUGAGGGAGCCGAGGAAUUUUAUUGGCUGCAGAUAG